UUUAACGCACUAGUGAGUAGUGACAAAGCCGGAAUCUUACAACUCAGUCGAGCUAUCUCACCUCAUACGAACCACAAAGAAACUUCAGAUCUAAACUACACGUUAUGAGUCGCAAGAGAGACAAACCCUACCCCUCGCGCCACGUUCCAGCUUCCAUGCCCAAACGGAGACGGACCCUGCCUCCUCCUGUGGCCGCCCUGGACGACGGCGCCGAUAAGCCAUCUUCGAGGCCGCAGCCACCACCUGCGUUGCUGGUGAUGGGACUAUCUCCUGAUUGCUCCGUGCUUGACCUCAAGUCGCGAUUCGAGAUCUACGGCGCCAUCUCGCGCAUCCGCAUGGACCGCGAUGGUGUCGGCUACAUCUCGUUCCGAAGCAAGGACUCUGCCGAGGCUGCCAUGGCUGCUUCCCUCGACUCCUCCUUCGGCAUCACUGUUGAUUCCAAGAAAGUAGAGGUGUCAUGGGCGACGGAUCCGCUUGCUCAGUGGAGGGAAGGAGUUGGGCGUGGAGCAAACAAGGAUAACGGAUCAUCAUCUAAGCUUUUAAGAGCUGAGGUUCCUUUGAGAAGACAUGGGAGAGUUCAUAAGCUUGCCUCAGCUAUAGUGAAUCCCAGAAGUGGAAGCAACAGUUCAUCAGUAUCAGUAUCAGAUGCUCCUUUCAAAGGCAGAGAAAUUGUGGGUUAUGAUGAUAUAUUGUAACUUUAUACUUUUAUAGCUAGGUUGGGUUUAGAAUUUUAGCUUAAUUAUAAGGAUCAUAUGCCUUCUGUGAAGCCAGUAGCAGCGUCAGAAAUGGUUUCUGGGUUAUUUCAUAAUUGGGGUUCACAUUGUUGCUCCCUCAGUUUCAGUCAUGUAACUGUUCUUAUUCAAAAAUAUCUGAGCUUUGUGGUUUUACAUUAA